AUGUAUGAUGAAGUAAACUGUACUGAUGGUACUAAUAUAUGGAUUCCAUUACUCAAUUUGAUAGUUUCAAUAUCUGGCUUAUUUAUGCUUCGUACACUUCAUUUGUAUUGGCCAGCUUUCAUAUAUUGUCUGGGCUUAUGCAUUAUGCUAAUUAUGAAUCUUGCAACUAUUACUGACAGUAUUUUGGCUUCGCUACGUUGGUAUCACGUAGCUUGGAAGCCAAUUGAUCAAUGGGCAUCAACUUUUUCAUGGAUUGACAUAGCUCUUGCUAUCUUAGCAGUAUUAAAUGGUAAUCAGAUCGAAAUAUACUUUAGUAUGAGCGGAGGAAGAGAACGAUGA